AUGCCAAGCGCUGGGUCAUCGAACUCGAACUACUAUACCCCGUCAGAGCAGCCGAGUGCUAUAGGAGUCACCAGAUCACGUACGCUCUUCUUCCUCUCGAUUCGUGACUCGAUCGUGCCCAGCGGACAUGGCAGCGGAGCCAGUGCACCCCUUCUAGGAGACAAUGAGAAUCACGUCUACUUUGACGCGGACAAGAGCACUAUACCCAUGCCUGCAGAGCUUCCUCCUUUCUGGGUCGAUGCCACAGAGGAUGCUGACUCUCUCUUGUCUGGCAUGAUACCCACAUUGGCAGAACUGGAUCGUUUGCACGCUCAACACCUCUUGCCCAGCUUCGCCGACAAGACACCUCUCAAGCGCCAGAUCGAGGCGCUCACGAGCGGCAUUACCAGCGAGUUUCGCCAAGCGUCACAGCUCGUGGCUAAACUUGCGGCGCAGACGACAGACGCGAUGCGCUCUCAAAAACUUUCCAAAUACGAAAUGACCGCCGCACGCAAUGCUCAAACGGCCCUAGCUACGCGCGUGCAGCAAAUGUCAGCUAUGUUUCGCCAAAAACAGUCACAGUAUUUGCGCAAGCUACAGGGCAUGGAAGUCAAGGAACGUGGUGACACUGCCAUGUUUGAUAGCGUAAAGAGCAUGCAGGAAGACGUGGCCUUAUCGGAGCAGUUGCAAGGCGAGCAGGAGAUGCGUCUCGUCGACACAGACGACAGCGAAGCCAUGUUCCACGAACGUGAUCGCGAAAUCACACAGAUCGCGCGCUCUAUUGGUGAACUGGCACAGCUAUUCCAGGACCUGUCUGCUCUCGUGAUUGAACAAGGCUCGAUGCUGGAUCGCAUCGACUACCAUAUUGACUCCAUGGCCAUGAACAUGCAGCACUCGUCCUCGGAGCUAAAUAGGGCGUCCACUUACCAGGUGGGCGCAGGGCGACGGUCCAUGAUCCUGCUACUUCUACUAUGCAUUGCCCUGCUGGUCGCCAUCCUGAUCAUCCGCCCCUUUUUCCGGUAA